CUUCUGGCGGUGUCAGAGUAGCCUAGGCUAAAACUCGCUUUGAGGCUCGCAGCAGUGCAAUCUGCACUUCAGUGCGUGUGAAGAAGACCAUAGCCUAUAGCCUACCUCAUCGCAGAGGCGGAGAUGGGGACGGAAAAGUGGCGGUUUUCUACACUCGUUUGCACUUUCCUCUGCACUCAAGCUAUCGUCGGAAAGGCAUGGGACUUAACCUUGCUUCAUACCAACGAUGUCCAUGCACGGAUAGAAGAAACAAGCAAGGAUUCGGGAAAAUGCACGAAACCUCCGUGUUUCGGUGGAGUGGCGAGGAGGCAUACGGAAAUAUCACAGCUUCGCCGAACGGAACCUAAUGUAUUGCUGCUGGAUGGCGGCGACCAGUUUCAGGGCACGGUUUGGUUCAACUUAUACAAAGGUGCAGAGGCAGCCUAUUUCAUGAACAAACUCGGAUACGAUGCAAUGGCUCUAGGGAACCAUGAAUUUGACAAUGGAUGGGAAGGCCUUGUCAGUCCCUUUCUGCAAGAUGUGAGCUGCACCAUCCUGAGUGCUAACAUCAAAGCAGAUGCCUCUCUGGCAUCCAGCGUUUCAGGGAAAUAUUUGCCUUACAAGAUUUUCAACAUGGGUUCAGAGACAGUGGCUGUGGUAGGAUACACAUCCAGAGAAACACCUGCUCUGUCUAUGCCAGGUCCACACCUGAUAUUCCACGAUGAGAUAACAGCCCUGCAGACAGAAGUUGAAAAACUCAAAACUCUGGGCAUUAAUAAAAUCAUUGCCCUCGGCCACUCUGGUUUUACGGUAGACAAAGAAAUUGCAGAAAAGGUCUCAGGUGUGGAUGUGGUGAUCGGAGGACACACGAACACGUUCCUGUACACAGGAAUAGCCCCGUCCAACGAGGUCCCGGCUGGACCUUAUCCCUACAUGGUGAAAUCACAAGAUGGCCGACAGGUGCCUGUGGUACAGGCUUACGCCUUUGGGAAAUACCUUGGCCAUCUUAAAGUGACUUUUGACGACAGUGGAAAUGUUCUUAAGGCAGAAGGCAAUCCAAUAUUACUGGACAGCUCCAUACAACAAGACCCUGCAAUCCUUGCUGACGUUGAGGAGUGGAAGAAAAGCUUGGCUAAUUACACAGCUCAGUUUGUGGGCAAGACUCUCGUCUAUCUCAAUGGGACUUCACAGGAGUGUCGGUUCCGCGAGUGCAACCUGGGAAACCUCAUCUGUGACGCCAUGGUGGACCACAACAUCAAGUAUGCCGAUGAGGUUCAGUGGAACCACGUGAGCGCAUGCCUGCUAAACGGUGGGGCAGUGCGGUCACCCAUUGACGAGCGUGCCCGAAAUGGUUCUAUCACAAUGGAGGACCUGAUUGCAGUCUUGCCCUUUGGAUCCACAUUUGACUUGCUUCAGCUGAAAGGCUCCACCAUCAGAAAGGCCUUUGAGCAUGGCGUGCGACGGCAUGGAGGGGGCACAGGGGAAUUCCUACAAGUAUCAGGCUUUCAGGUUGAGUUUGAUCUCUCUCGGGAACCCUUCCAGCGUGUGACAUCUGUCCACAUCCUUUGCACCGAGUGUCGAGUUCCACGCUAUGAGCCAAUGGAAGAUGAAAAGGUUUACAAAUUAGUCAUGCCGUCUUACAUUGCGGAUGGUGGUGACGGUUAUACAAUGAUCAAAGAGGAGAAGUUGAAGCAUGAUAGUGGCGAUCUGGACAUCGCGGUGGUGGAACGCUACAUCAGCGAGUCCAAGAGAGUUCACCCGGCUGUGGAAGGGCGCAUCAAGUUCUCAAGCUUGGCAGGUGGAGGACCUAGUCGCAUGAUCUCACUUCCGCUCUUGAUCAUGCUUUUGGCUUUGUCAGUGAGCCUAUAGUCAGCGCUGUCUGAACCAGAGUUAUUAGAGUUAGAAUUAUUUUAACAGUGAAAAAAUAAUUUAGUUUUUUAAUUUAACUUUCAAAAAAUCAAAACUAAAUAAAAACAACAAUGAACAUUGCAAAACUAACUAAAAGUAAAUAGAAGUAAAGGUAAAAUCAGCUUAGUUUUAGUUCCCCCCCCCCUCAGUUUUCAGUACCUAUAAAAAGUACUCCCCCCCCCCCCCCCUUGGAUAUUUCCCCUUUUACAGCUUUUAUAAAAGGAUUCAUUUAAUUUGGACUUUUUUACAAUAAUUUACACAAAUCUCCUCUUUAAUGUCAAAGUGAAAACAAAUUUCUAUAAAGUAAUGUCUCUGAACCCAACCUCACUCCUCCAAAACAAUGACACUGCUCCAUCUCCUGCUGUUCUGGGGCUUUCAGUACUAGCACUUCUGCGUCCUGUUUCAUUUCCCCAUCAUCUGACCCCAUCAGCUCUGUCCAGACGUUUUGCAAGUAUCUGUGUGAUACCAAAUGCUUCGGCUUUGACAUAGUUCUUUAUGAACUCUGUUACUUCCAGUGGCGUGAUUCACCUGAAACCCCAUGGCUACCCUGGUCAAGACUACAAAAGCUCCGUUUGCAUUAGUUGCUUGUUGGGUAUAAUUUGGCAGGGAAGUUUAACCACUUGUGUGGAAAUUAACAGUUAGAUUUUUGUUUCUGUUCAGCGGUGCUUGAAAAGCAUUUUUUAAACAAAAGACACCAGGAUGCUUUACAGGUAUCCUGAACCCUAUAUCUGAAAACAGAUGGUUCUAGAAGGAUUGGUCCCGUGAGAAUGCACUUGUGUACCUAACUCUUUCACCACUGUUAUGGUGAUUUGGCGUGAUGAACUUGAAACCAGAAGGUUAUGCACAUUACAGUAACAAAAGGCUCAAAUCUGGCCAAUUGUUUGUGGGGCACAGUUAGUCAGUGCAGCUUAGCAACUUAUGUACAAAUCCAAUUUGGACCAUGCACUUGAAUUCAGUGUUAUUUCAAUAGCACUUGUAACACAAGAAACCAGAACAUUUCAGGGGAGAAUUAACAUUUAUUGUUGCUGAGCACAAACAGAGAGUUUAGAAGAUUCAUUGCACUGAGAAUGCACCUGUGUGCCUAAGCCCUCUACCAGGUGCACACAUGCAAGAAAUGAUGGGGGAAAACCUACCCAAAAACUUAAUUGGCCCUUAUAGGGUUUUUCAGGUAGGGGUAUUCACACUAAAAUUUGGUGUACACAUAUUCUUGAAUUCUUGAAAAAGGGUGUAGACAUAUUUUUGAAUAUUCCAAAAGAUUUUAGAUUGUUAUGUCGUCUCAGAUGGACAAUCCGCAAAAACUACAACAAAAUAAAUAAUAGCUUAAGCGAAGUUCUAUUGGGAAGACUCGUAGUCACACAUUCCAUUCAUAACUCGCUAACCAAUCACAGCUCAGAAGUACUACUAGCAAAUUAACACGCCACGUCAUUAAUUCAUUCUUCUUCCUCGAUUCACAGUCACGUUGCCUACGUCUCCCAUUCAUUCAACUAGCCCUCUACGAACCAAUAGGAAGUACAUGUGCUUCUUAAAAACUUCUGUAUCUAACUCACCUCCUAGCUACUUUCAGUAAGCUGAUUUCGAUGUCUCCACCGCCACCAGUCGGUCCCCGUCUCAAGCGUAUACCGGGGGAUAGCACCUCGUCCCUGCCUCGCUCUAUCAGCAGGAUCCGAUAUCCCUGCACUGCUUGCCAGACUACGGACGGGGGCCUACGCCAAAGACUUUACUAGGAUUAAAACGCCUUUCAAUAUAGUUUGCCUCCCGAGUCUUUUUGGUAGAAUUAUAAUACCAGAAAGCUAAAUAGGUUGGCAACCCUUGUGAAAUUCACUUGUGUGAGGGCAUACUGUAUUCUCAUCUUAGAUCCCAGUUUUUUGAUGAAGUAAAAAAAAAAUAGGACCUAAGAACAUGUGAAUUUGUUUAGAAUGUGUGCAACUCUUCAAAAUGUAGCUCAUGGCACUAAUAUUUAUUCUGAACUUCCACACCGAGACACCUUAGUAGUCUCCUCCUAUCUACAGUGUACUGUUAGACAGGAGUGUCGAUUUCACCAGCAGUUUUCUAAUGGCCUUAUAUAGUCAUCUCUUGCAUAAAUUGUAGGGUGCCGCUUAUACAAAGCCAAAGAGAGUCCUAGAGACAUUCAUUUCACCAAACCUCUAUUGUCAAGGUAGCUGUCAGAAUAAAGCCGCAUAGUUGAAUAAUCUAAUUUCAUUCUAAAGUAGAAUGUAGCUCGAGCCUGAUUCUGCGCUGAUGCAUCAACGUAAAAAGUCUGCUAUGUCUAGACAGUAGUUCUGUCUCUCAAUACCAGCUUAAAUACUUGAACAUUUUUAUUUAAUUGCGUAAAAAUGGUCAUACAUUGGGUUGAAAUGCAAAAGAUUUUUAACACGCUAAUGUUCCACUAAAUAACAUUGGAGUUAAGCUUAGAAGAAUGUGUAAUAGUCUUUUAAAAUAAAGAACAAUAUUAUAAUGUAUGCAUUUCAAUAGCUAUAUAAUAGUAGAAGGCAUUUUCCAAAUGCAAGAGAAAAAUGUUCUGAAGCGACUGGCCUUAUGAUCUAUUGUUCAAGAAUUGUAUAUCCAAUUCUCUAUAUGGUAAACAUGAAGGUUUUUGUUAAUAUCUUUAAAAGAAAUGGAAAGAUUAUAACAACAGAAGUUAAAAAGAAAAUGCAGUUUGUAGUUGUCUAAUGAACUUUAAGUUAUUGCUCAUUGUAUUGCUUAUUCUGAAGAAAUGAUUUCCUGGCAUUAGCAAAAGAUUCAAUAAAAUGGCUGUGCUACA